CCGAGUGCGGCCAUUUUGGGCUUCGCUUCCUCGCUGGCUCGCCCGCCACCCAGCCCUUCCGCCUGCGCGUUUCGCGCCUCGGUGCGGGCCGCGUUCUCCGGAAACGUCACCGCUGCCGCGCGAAGGGUCUGGACUUUGGCGGAGCGGUCUCCCACGAACUAGGACGCCUCCUUCCCCGCCGGGAUGGACGUGGCAGCGGCCGCCACAGCCUGCUUGGGCUAUCAAGCUGUGCGGUGCGCCGUCUGCCACGGAAGCCGCCGCUCCCUGGACCUCCUCUGCCGGCGCAGGAAUCGGCCUGCAGUACCGACUCGGUGGCUGGGCAAGGCUGAGGCUGUGUAGGCCUCGGAUCCCGCCUUCCCUGACGCCGCCGAACCCGCCGAGCUCCUGCCUGAGAACCUGCCAAGGAAAGGAGAUGGAGCUGGGAACGCAAGGGCCUCGGAUAGGCUCCUGGUUCCGGCUGCCCUUCCUUCGGCGAUGGCACGCCUGCUCUUCCGAGUUCCCGACGCCGUCCUCGCGGGCAAACUCCGGGGACCCCGCACUGCCUGCCUCCGCUCUGCCCGAGCCUCGGACCAGGUACUGGGCCAGAUUGCUUUCCCAGCUUUUUGCACUACUCCCUGGCUUGCUCCAGAAGCUUUUGAUUUGGAGCCACCUUUUCGGUGGCAUGAUUGCGACCAGAUGGCUAGAUUUCGUAGCAAAUUACAGCGGCUUGAGAGCCUUGAGAGGAGGGGAGGAAUCUGCCGCCCCCACGAUACAGAAAUCCUUGAGUUCACUGCAGCUGGACUCUUCAGAAGAGUUGGUUGUCAGCCCGCUUGAUUGGCUAGAGGAGGGUCUCCAAUGGCAGUACUCAUCCUCAGACCCGGAAUUGAAAUUGAAAGCCCAGGAAGGCGCUUUGGACUCGACCGCGCACACGUUUGUUCUGGAGCAGCGGCUGUGGGGGAUGGAGCUGUUGCCCGGUAGUCUUCGAGCCGGUCUGGUCUCCCACCGAGAACUUGGCUCUUCUCCCGCCGGGCCUCUGGACACCCGGAGCGUAGGCAGUCUCAAGGUAGUUUCCUAUCUACUGAACCCUUCCAGUCUAGACUGCCUGCCCCAGCUAGAGCUGCGCCGUCCGAACAGCGUUGGAGCUGGCCAACUCGUGGAUUUCCGAACACUAACCCCAGAGAACUGUUGCCGUUUUGAAGAUGGUUGUCAUCCCCAACCACUGCGUGCGGAGAUCUCGGCAACCGCGUGGCAAAGAUGUCCCCCUCUUUCUACAGAAGGCCUGCCGGAAAUCCACCACCUUCGUAUGAAACGUCUAGAAUUCCUUCAGGCUAACAAGGGGCAAGAGUUACCCACCCCUGAGCAAGAUAAUGGCUACCACAGCCUGGAGGAGGAGCAUAGCCUUCUCCGGCUGGACCCACAACAGUGCACAGACAAGCCAGCACAGACGGCCUCUCCUCCUGGAGCCAGCCUGGAGCCCCCUGAGAAAAAGGACUUGUUGAUUCAAGAAGUUUCCCAAAGCCCCCAGGAAAGUAGCCCGCUUCAUCGGUUACCCGUGGAGAAAGAGUGUGAGGAGGACCACGCUAGUGUAGUUGACUGCUCGGCGGUACAGGACGACCUUCCUGUCUCUGCCAGACCAGUUUGUAGCAACAAGCUGAUCGAUUACAUUUUGGGAGGCGCAGCCAGUGACUUAGAGACCAGCUCCGACUCAGAAAGUGAGGAUUGGGACGAGGAAGCUGAGGAUGAUGGCUUUGAUAGUGAUGAUUCCUUGUCGGAAUCAGAGGAGGAACCGGACUCUGACGGGUUUCACCUUUGGAACUCUUUCUACAGUGUAGAUCCCUAUAAUCCCCAAAACUUCACAGCCACAAUUCAGACUGCUGCCAGCAUUGUCCCUGGAGACCCGUGUGAUUCAGGGAGGUCCUUGUCCGCCAACUCUGUAGGGAGUUCUCAGGCCAGACUCCUUCCUGAGACCCCUGGGCAUAGUUCUGGGGAGGAAGAGGACUGGGAGUCCAGUGCAGACGAAGUGGAGAAUCUUAGAUUGUGGAACUCUUUCUGCAAUUCUGAGGACCCCUACAACCUUUUAAAUUUUAAGGCUCCCUUCCAAACGUCAGGGAAAAACUGGAAAGGCUGUCAGGGCUCAAAAGCAUCUUCUGAGGCCAUGGUGACCUUUUCUGGGUGUCACACCUUACUUUCGUGUAAGGUACAAGUGUUAGAGAGCCGAGAAGAUGGUUGUCCAGACUGUGGGCUGGGUGAGGCUCUUUCUGGAGAAACAUACACCCAUAUCAAGAGAAAAAAGGUAACCUUCCUUGAAGAAGUUACCGAGUAUUAUAUAAGUGGUGAUGAGGAUCGCAAGGGACCAUGGGAAGAAUUUGCAAGGGAUGGAUGCAGGUUCCAGAAACGGAUUCAAGAAACAGAAGAUGCCAUUGGCUACUGCUUGACAUUUGAGCACAGAGAACGGAUGUUCAAUAGGCUGCAGGCACACACUUCAGAAGACACACUAUUGCUCAUUGAUGUUAAGACUAGUGAACAGUCCUGGCCUACACUCUCUCUUGCUUGAGAGGUUUCUCUUAAAAACAAAUAUUGGCAGCUGUCCUUGGACAUGUUUUUAAAGAAACAACUUGUAUCUAGUGAUGUAGUUGAAUUAUUUUUUGGGUAAUGUGUCUCAUUAGAAACACCAAAUCUGAUAAUGAAGGAUCUCUAUUUUUAAUCCUCUCUUUUCCUUUUAGUUGGAUGUGGUUUUGAGACAGAGUCUCACUACAUAAUUCUGGUUGGCCUGGAUCUUUGUAGACCAUGCUGGUCUUAAAAUUGGUACCUUCUUGCCUCUGCUUCCUGUGCCACCAUGCCCAGGUGGAUGUGGUGGAUGUGGUUGUAAAUAUCUUCUGCUUCCUUGAGGAUAGGAAAAGGGACUCAGUAAGUCGUUACUUUGCACUUUUAAAACUUUUCUCCUGGAGGUAGAGGACAGGCAGGCUCACAUAGCUGGCUCCAGGCCAUCCAGAGCUGCGUGGUGAGACCCAGUCUUAAAGAACAAACAGAACAAAAGGUCGUUUGUUUUGGUUUUUUGAGACAGGGUUUCUCUGUGUAUCCUUGGCUGGCCUAGAACUUGCUCUGUAGACCAGACUGGGCUCAAACUCACAGAGAUCCACUUGCUUCUGCCUCUCAUCCUGAGAAGUUUCUUUCCAGGCCUGUAAUUACAGUUACUUUGGAGACUGAGGCAGGAGGAGAGAAAAUUCAAGGUCUGCCUGGGCCGCAUAGUGAAUUCAGAGCCAGUGUGGGUAGUUUAGCAAUCCCUUGUCUUUAAAUGAAAAUGGAAAAGGAGGCUGGGAUAUGUUAAACAGCAGAGGGCACUUGCCUACUUGUGCAAGGCUCUAGGUUCAAUCCUCAGUACUGCAUAUUCAGUUUUAAUUUAAAUUAUGCAUACCUAUCUAAAAACUUUGGGUUCUUGUGUUUUUCCUAUUCUAAAAUGAGUGGGCUUUUGUUUUUCUGUAUAUAUGUAUGUGUGUUUGUAUAUUUGAGAUGAGAGAUUGAGGCACAGUCUCAACUGUGGCCUUGAGCUCAUGGCAGUCCUCUUGCUUUAACCUCCAGAGUGUACAUGUAGCAUAUAUAUAUAUAUAUAUAUAUAUAUAUAUAUGUAUGUAUGUAUGUAUGUAUGUAUGUAUGUAUGUAUGUAUGUGCACAUAUAUAUGUAUGUAUGUAUGUAUGUAUGUAUGUAUGUGUAUAUAUAUAUAGACUAUGCUUGCACUUUUUUCCACUUUCAUAGAUUUGACCUAUUUACCUGAAGGCUAAAAUCUAUUGUGCUUGUUAUCAACUUAAAAGACAUUGUUGUAUCACUUGGGAUUUCCUCCCCUGAAUUUAAAGAAUUAGUCUUGUGUGGCCUAGGCUAGCCUUGAACUUAACUUGCGUAGCCAAGAAUGACUUUGAAAGAUCCUCUUGUUCUCUUGUUAGGAAUGCAUAUGUGUUUGCCACACAUCCAGAUCUUUUUCUGUUAUCUAGGUCUAUUUAAGAUAUUUCCAAGGACCACCACAAACCCACAAGUGCAGCACUUUCUUGACUGGGAAAGCUGUGUCAGUGUGCUCUUUACAGACUCACACUGUGAUGCCCAGCUGGCCUGCCAAACUUUGUCUAGCGUGUUUGAUUUCUUUGCAAACUGUAUUUGGAAGGUUUCUGUGUUGUAGUUCCAGUUGAAUGUGGCUCUUUAACUUUCAGUGGGUAGGAAUUGUAAAGCACUCUAGGAAGUAAUCAUUGCAUUGUAGGCAUUCAGUUUUUAAACUUAAAAGCCUAGAAUUUUCCUAGGAGGAAUAUACAGACACCUCAGAAAUUCAGUUUUGUUUUAUGUACUCUUAACAGAAAGCCAGUGUUACUUAUACCCUGCCUCAGCACUGUCACUUUUAAAACCUGUCAUGGUGACACUGUAAACUUGGAUUGGGCAGUUCUGAAUUUUUAAGUGUGAAAUGUCAAAUACAACUUCAAUGUCCAGGUUUAUUGUGUUCUGUCUUACAGAGAAGCAAUGGUGAGGACUGCUCUUUGAGUAAAGCAUAAAGUAUAGCUAGUACAGUCAGAAUAUCUUAGUAACCCAAAGCUUGCUUUUGAAUGUGUGCCUGGUUUAUUUGGUUGGCUUUAUCUGCUGUGUGCAUGCUAGGUUGAGGUAUGUUUUAUCACCUCUUUAGUGGUCAGUCCUUACUCUGUGCCUCCUGCCAUGCGUAGCGGGAACACAAACGAAAGAGAGGUCCACUAAAUUGAUAGUGGGGAUGAAUUUUCCCAGAAGAGCUAGCAGCAUAACUACCUCAGUUUAUGAUCUCCCUGGUUAUUUCCGUUGGACAUGCUCUAAGGUCUGCCCCCGUGGUGAAAAUGUUCAUUCACACUAAGAGUACAGCACCAGAAAAGUUGGUCUUAGUUUUGCAGAACCCUCAUUCUGUGUAUUUUGCACACUUGUGUUUAGUGAACUCCAGAGUGCAUUGCAGUCUGCUAUAGUGCUGUGGAAAUGGGCUAGCUAGAAGCCAUGUCAUUUGGAAAGCAAGCAUGUUAACUUAGGAAGGAAAACCGUCACAAUACAUAGACAUUCUUUUAAAUCCAGACUGCAGCUUAGCAUUUGAUUUCAGAUAUUUAGGUGUGUUGUGUUUCUGAGACCUGGCACCUGUAUAUUUGCAACAGAAUGGGACAUCUUUCUGUCUGUACAUUCAUUGGGUAUUUGAAAAUUGUUUCAGUUUCCACCUUCACUAUCUAAUGAGUAAAUGACUGGUUAAAACACUCUGGUCCACUGCCCGCCUACAUACAGACAUGGUUAGAUGGUGGCAAGGACAAAAGAAGCUUUACAAAUUGACUGAAGGAGAAGAACAAAAUUAUUGUCAUCCCAGUCCCAGAUGUUACAGUCUCUCCCAAGGAAAGAAAACCUCCAAGGCAAGGCAAGUCGUGGAGGUUUUUUAGCUGAAUAUUUUACACAUUCAUGCCUUGCAAUGGUGCUUUAAAGAUCUGUGUAGCUUGUGAGAGAGGCUCUGUAUGGAUGGGGGUCCCCACUUCUGAGUGCUAAGUGGGGCAGCCCUUCAUCUGUAACUUGAAAUCAAAACUGUCAGAAUUAUUUUUUAUAAUUUAAGGAAGGUGAAGUUUGGGAACAAGAUUUUUGAGUUGGCUUCUUCAGAUCAAUAAUUUUAAAUGUACCUAGUGGAGAUUUUAUAGUUCAGAUUAUAUUUGUAUAUAAUUAUUAACUAAUCUGUAAAUUGUAAUAAACAUAUUUGCAAUUAUUAAA